UUCAGGCGUGACUAAACAUCACUUUGUGCUCUCUUGUUUAUACUUGGUGAUUCGAUACGGUGGUGCAACCGAAUGGUUUCCUCAUUAUCGCGCAACGGCAUGCAAUGCGAUGCAUGUGCAUGACAUUGUUUCGUCGAUAAACAAUUCAACUACCUGGCCGUAUCUAUGAGAGCUCCCGGUCACAAAACGGUCGACGUUACGACGACGACAUCAAAAGUACAUCGAAAGGAUGGCAGAAGAUGAGAGGCAAAUUAGAAUGGCCGCUGAAGCUAUAUUAAGUGGCUCAAUCAACUCUCAGAGAAGUUCGGUUACACAGCACAGUAUAACGCGAACGCCGGAUAUCAUUCUCAGCGAAGAUCUGAUCGCAGGAGCGAGACACAACGGCAGGAUGUCAAAUGUCAGGCGUUUCUUUUGCCUCUUCAUCACCUUUGAUCUUCUUUUUACAUUCCUCAUGUGGCUCAUUUGCACAAUGGUACAAGGUGAAAGUUUACGUACAGCUUUCACAGAUCAGGUGAUACAUUAUCAUAUAAAGACGUCUUUAUUUGAUAUUGUGAUGGCAGCGAUUUGCAGGUUCACGGUCUUGUUGCUCUUUUAUGCGCUACUGUAUCUGAAUCACUGGAUCAUUGUAGCUAUAUCAACUGCCACAACAUGUGCCUUUUUGAUUGCCAAAGUUUUUCUUUUUGAUUGGACAUCAGCUAAUCAACCAGUAUUCCAAGUUCUGCUGAUUUUAACAUCUUUUGUAUUAGCAUGGGCAGAAGCUUGGUUCUUUGAUUUUCGUGUGAUACCUCAGGAAACUCAAGCAAGAAAUUGGAUUCUUAGUUUUCCGGAUACAGAAAGAACUCCAUUAUUACAAGGCAUUGUGACAGAAUCACGGCAACAUGCGGCAAAUGUUGAUCACAUGAGUACAUUUUUCACACCUGUGGAAUCUCCGACUCAUUCUGAUGAUGAGGACAUCAGCUUCCCCAGAAAGCAAGGAGACUCGAGGAAACUCUCAAAAUCCAAUGAAUUAUUUAGAUUCCUAGCGAAACUUACACCUGAUAAGAUUGAUGAAUAUAAAAUGAAGACAUCUAAGAUGUUACAAGAUUGUCAUGACUUGUUAACAUCGAAAGAAUGGAAAGAUACAAGUAUAACAAGCGAUGGUGAUGAAAUGUCAUGUAUGCAACUUCCACCAGAAUGGAAAUUAGAUGGAAAGGUCAUGAAAAUAACGGGUAUCAUCGAUGCACCUGCUAGCAUACUCAUAGAUUUAUUGUUUGAUGGUGUCGAGGAACAAGUUUCGUGGAACAAACUCGUGACAGAAUCAAUAAAACUACAAUAUAUUGAUGAAAACACGGAUAUUGUUUACCAAGCAACAAGUCCUUUUGGCGGCGGGAUCAUUACAGCGCGAGAUUUUGUUAUUUUAAGGCAUCGUAAGAAAUAUGGCAAUUAUUAUAUUACUAGCGGUGUAUCGGUUCCUACCGCAUCAGUUGAAGUUCGCCCAAACAUGACAAGGGGUGAAAAUGGUAUAAGCUGUUUCGCAACAGAAGAGUUACCUGACGAAAUUAGUAAAUGUCGUUUUACUUGGAUUCUAAAUACAAAUUUUAAAGGCUGGAUACCACAAACUGUUGUAGAUAAAUCUUUGUCCACUGGUUUAGUAAACUUCAUGACAUAUUUAAGGGAACACUUGAAUGAUAUGCAACAAUCGUCAAUCUAGUAUAAUGUUACUCAUA